AUGAAAGAGACCGAUGAUCAGCUGAUGGAUAAAAUACGCAAAAGGUUAAUGAAGAAGAGGUAUCUUGUAGUCUUGGAUGAUAUUUGGAGCAAUGUCGUCUGGGAUUUUAUGUCAAGAAUUCUUCCGGACGACAACAAUGGGAGUCGAAUUAUUUUGACUAGCAGGCUCAGACAUGUGGCUAUGCAUGCUGACCCCAACAGCCCUCCUCAUGAGAUGAGCCUCUUGAAUUUAGAUGAAAGUUGGAAGUUACUUCAUGAGAAGGUGUUUGGGGUACAACAGGUUUGUCCUCCUGGAUUAGAGGAAAUAGGGAAGCAAAUAGCACAAAAAUUCCAAGGACUAGCUUUAGCUCUUCUAGUGCUUGCGGGGCAUCUCUCUAAAAUUGCUAGGGCGAGAGAAAUUGGAAGGAAGUUGCCAAAAGUGUAA